AGAGUGUGUUCGCGACUACGACGAGUCUGCCGCACUUCCGGCCAGAUCGCCGGAUAUCCGCCGAGUGACCCUUACAAGUCCUUCUUGAUCCUGAAGUGGAAUAGGUGCCGGUGUUACUGCUGGUGUUGAAUCCAGAACUGUAGCGGGACAUGGGGCUGGAGGACGAGCGAAAGAUGCUGACUGGGUCUGGAGAUCCCAAAGAGGAGGAAGAGGAGGAGGAGGAAUUAGUGAUAGGACUGAGGCUUUCAGUGCAUACUGGCAACCUUGGAAGGCAGGAAUGUGAAACUUUUCCCUACUACUUAGCAUCAGAAUUGAAUGGGAGACCCCAUUCUGCCAUUUCUGGCGGCAGUGUGGCUCUGCCAGCUGGCCUUCUGCACGGAUCCCUUAACAACAGUGAGAGAGCAAUGCGAGCAGUCGGAGAAAUGUGCAAAGGCUCGGGAGCGGCUAGAGCUCUGUGAUGAGCGCGUAUCCUCCAGGUCACACACAGAGGAGGAUUGCACGGAGGAGCUCUUUGACUUCUUGCAUGCAAGGGACCACUGUGUGGCCCACAAACUUUUUAACAGCUUGAAAUAAAUGUGCAGACUCAUUCACCACAGCUUUCAUCACCUGGGCAUCAGGAUAUUUCUUCAUGUUUUUGAACAUGCCAUUUGUUUCUUAUCUGUGUAACUGUAAGUUCAUGUGAACCUCAUGGAUUUUGGCUUAGGCAGGUAGCUUCUAUGUAAUUAGCAGUGAUUCCAUCUAAAUAAAAUCCGGUGAUCUGCAGACCUGCCACCUAUCUUUUAUUUUUAAUUAGAAUUUUUUUUAAUUUGAAAAUUUCAAACAUAUAAGAAUAGAUAGAAUAAUAAUCAACGCCUCUGUACCUAUCAUCUAGCAAGUAUGUCUUUAAUGAUAAGGACUUUUUAAUUUUUUUAUUUUAAUUUUUUUAUUUACUUUGAUGGCAUUAUCACAUUUAAAAUUAGCAGUAAUUGCUUAAUAACAUUAUUAAAUACCUAGUUCAUACAAAAGCUUCUCUUAUCCAAAAGUGACUUUCGACAGUUUUUGGUCUCAGUGUCCAACAAGGUUGCUUUUCUUUAAAAGUGUUUUUAAAGAAGAGUGUAAGGAAGGUGUAGGUUUAUGGAUGGAGGGGUACAGAGGUCUAAGCAGAGUGAGAAGAGGGCACUUGGGUAGGUGGUGCUAGCAAUGAGAGAUUGGUUAUAUACAUACAGGAGGGAUUGACCUAAUGAAUAUAUUGAAGAUAAUGGGAGCUAGCAGAGAAUGGAGUUAUAAAUAUGGAAAAGGAAAAAACCAGAAUGAACCCUGCAGUGUUAAGGUAUUGGUAUAAGCUAAAUAAAUAUACAUGCCAAUAUGUAUAUAUGUAGGGAAUACAUAAAUUCUCUAGUUCAGCCCACAAAGAGCUUCCUCUCCAAUAAAAGGAACCAGGGCUCCUUGGAGAAAUGGGUGACUCCAGGGUUGGGCACGGAAAAUACAAGAUAAGCCUGAACAUUUUGUUGUUUCAGAAAGAAAGAAGUGCUCAAAGAAUGAUAGGGACAUAUCAAAAGUAUAUAAAACCACUUGUCAAAUCUGGGACAAUUUGAACAUCAAAAUAUGAUGAUAUUAUUAGAUUAUAACCCAUUGAAUAAAAUAGGAAUCCAUGAAUCCAUACAUUAAAAAAAUAAGUGAAUCGAUAGUUUGGUGAGGAAAGGGAUACAUAUUAAUUACUAAAGGAGAAAGUGCACUGGGGAAGCUUGGCAGACAGUAUCUUAGAUGAAAGCUGACAUCAGUAAUGGGAAAAGUUACUACUACCCACAGGCAGCAAUGAGGCAAAAAAGCAUCACUAAUUUUUGUAAAAUAUAAACAAUCUAGAUAAAUCAAAUUGAAGGACAGUCUAUAAAAUUAGACAUUGUACAAAAUAGUCCUCACUGUGUCCAGGUUGUGAAAGUCAAGGGAAGACAACUUUCAGAUAGAAGGAGACUGAAGAGAUAAGACAACUGAAUGCAACAUAUGAUUCUAGACUGGAUCAUUUGUUAUUAAGGACAUUAUUGGGACAACUGGUAAACUUGAAUCUAUUAGAUGGUAGUAAUAUAUCAAUGUUAAAAGAAAUAAUACAUCAUUAGUGUUUUAUAGCAAUGUAAAGUUGGUUCAUCAUUUGAAAAUCUGUAUAAUGCAUCAUAUUAACUAAAAAAAAAAAAAACUGUAUAGAUAGGAAAAGCAUUUGAAGAAAAUCAACCAUUCAUGAUUUUAAAAAAAUCUCAGCACACUAGGAAUAGAACUAAAAACAAAACAAACUACAGCUAACAUAUAUAAUGAUGAAAUACUGCUUUUCCCCUAAGAACGGAAACAAGGCAAGGGUGUCAAUAGCACUACAACUUGGAUUCAGAAGUAAAUGGUAAUCAGUGGAAUAAAGCAAUGAAAGGCAAGGGGAAAAGGCAUACAGAUUGGAAAGAAGUAAAAGUGACUAGAAAAGACAUGACCUUGUUUGCAGAAAAUCUAAAAAGAGUUCUCAAAAAAGUUACCAAACAAUUGAAUUUAGCAAGGUCUCAGGAUAUAAAAUCAAUAGACAGAAAUCAAUAUUUUAAUAUACUAGCAUUUUCUUGAAAAAUGAACUAAGUAUGCCUUUCACUUCAAGAAAAACAAUUGACAGUAUUUGCUGCCAGAGAAAAUACAAGCUUUCAAGCAAAAAUUAAGAUUUCAAAAAACUCAAUGGCCAUUGUGAGUUUAAAAACUUCUUAACAUUUAAAGACCUUUCUCUUGAGAUUGGUAGUGAUAUAAAUGAAUGUGAUUUUUAAGAAUAUAAUGAAUGUAAAAACAUUUGCAGGAUCUGUAUAACUCAGUGAACCAAUAAUUUCCAAAUAACUACUGUAUGAUGUGACAAUCAUUCAUGGGCAAAAGAUUCAUUCAGAGUACCAGACCAAUGAAUCUUAAUGUAACAGUAUGGAAAGUUCUUUGACAUGGUUUCAGAUUCCACAUUGCCACUAACCUUUAAGGAAAUGAUCAUUUGUCAAAUUUUAGUGUAUUAAAGAAUAUUCACCGAUAAAUAAAGGCUAUUAAAAUACUCUUUUCUAAUUUCA